CAGAGACGCAGAAUCAGGGCGGACAGUUGAUUUCGGUGUGGCUGCCGCCGCUGGGCUGUGAAGGACUGCUUUUCUGGGCCGCGAGGGACUGGGCCUGCAGACACGGGAUUAUCGGCCGGAGGAGGGCCAAUCCACUCGGGUGUUCCCUUAUCACACCGUUCUACAUUUCUGUAAGGAAGGCAGUGUGUGCUGUUUCUCCUCGGAAUAUGGAGGGUAGAGGAAGGGGAGUCCUUCGGGGAGGGUCCCCGCGCCAAGCCACCCCAGAGACCCGCGGGUGACCUUGGCGGUCCCGGAGGAGCCUGUCUGGCUCUCCCUUCCCUGCCGGUUUCCAGGUCUGGACGCAGCUCUCCGGCAGAACGUUAGGAAGGCGAUAGGCUGGCGAAUCCAGUACGUUGGAGGAGUGGGUCCCCUGGGGCCUCAACAGGUGUGAAAGAAGAUGGCGUGAACAGCGUAGGAUUCUCUGCAUCAGAAAGACCUGGAUCUGAAUGAGUAGCUAAGGGGAACAUCACUCAAAAGGGAGAACUGUAAGGAGCACACAGUUUGGGAGAUGUGGCAGUAAAAGUCUCCUGGAUCCACGUUUCAGCCGGUAGCUGAAUUACUCUCACCUGCUUUCAUUCUCUGCACCAGGAACCUCAGGUCCAGGAGUAUCAGCAGCAAAGAUGUCUAAUGAGCCACCCCCUCCUUAUCCUGGAGGCCCUACAGCCCCACUACUAGAGGAAAAAAGUGGAGCCCCACCUACCCCAGGCCGCACCUCCCCAGCGGUGAUGCAGCCACCACCAGGCAUGCCACUGCCCUCUGCUGACAUUGCUCCUCCACCUUAUGAGCCACCUGGUCAUCCAAUGCCUCAGCCUGGCUUUGUGCCCCCUCACAUGAAUGCAGAUGGCACCUACAUGCCUGCAGGUUUCUACCCUCCUCCAGGCCCUCACCCACCUAUGGGCUAUUAUCCACCAGGACCCUACCCACCAGGGCCCUAUCCUGGCCCUGGGGGCCACACGGCCACAGUCUUGGUCCCAUCAGGGGCAGCCACCACGGUGACAGUACUACAGGGAGAGAUCUUUGAAGGUGCACCUGUGCAGACAGUGUGCCCCCACUGCCAGCAGGCAAUCACCACCAAGAUUUCCUACGAGAUUGGCCUGAUGAACUUUGUGCUGGGUUUCUUCUGCUGCUUCAUGGGGUGUGACCUGGGCUGCUGCUUGAUCCCCUGUCUCAUCAAUGACUUCAAGGAUGUGACGCACACGUGUCCCAGCUGCAAAGCCUACAUCUACACAUACAAGCGCUUAUGCUAACGGAGCUAGACUUGGACUCCCCCACCUAUUACUCUGGCCCCGUGUGCUUUGCUCCCCAUGCUCAGUGGUCACCAUCCCUCAGCCCCCACUUAGGGUUGGAAGUUUUGCCACUGUUCCCUGGAAAUCCUGUCCUCACCUUGCCCUUCCCUGAGCAUCCGACUCUUCUAGCAAAAACUCCGUUGGAUUUAAGGCCAAGGGCCAGUGGGUGGCAUGGGGGUGGCACAGAUCUUGUGUGUUGCUUGGGCAUUUGCUGUCCAGAAGAUAAGCUGGAGGGUCUCUUCCUGGGGUCCUCAUUCCUCCUUUCUGUAUAAGGUCCAUGCUUGGUCCUUACUCUUCCUGGGACCAAAAGCACCCAAAGCAUCAACAGGUCCCAGACUAGGGCCUACAGUGAGGGUUGUGCCUGGAACCAUAGUUGUUUCUGACCUGGAAUGAGGUCAGGGCAUCAUCUAGAGUUAAGUGGACCCAAGCAAUACAGGGUGUUAAGGCCUGGGCUUAUAUGGAGUAUGUUGUCUGGGGUGCCAAAGGUGGAAUAAGAAAGAAAUAAUGACUGCCAACUCUGGGCCUCAGAACUCUCAGGUAUGGAAACACAGGACUUCUACCCACUGUCUAGGAGGUACCUAAGAGCUGCCUGGCAUAAAGCGAAGAGGACACUGGGCUAGUUAAAGCCCUGGUAGCCAAGAACAACUUGCCCCUGUUCUUACUUAGCUUCCUUUGAGUCAGUCAGUGUGCAGAGAUCUUCUUUCUGGCCACACCUCUGUGAACCCCCUAUAUUUUCUGGGGCCAGAAAGAAUGAAUGCCCAUGAGCCUGUCUUGUCUACUUUUGUGUUUGUGCUGUGUGUGAAUACAACUUCUGCCUGGUGGCUUGCUGACAGAUGGCAGAUCAGAAGAGCCUCCUUAUAGGUUCAUUGGUCUCUGGAGUAAGUGCCAGUCUUUUUUGCCAUAGAAGGGACAACUGUGGCACUGGGCUGGGGACCAGGAAGAAGUCACAAGUGGUGGGGGUGUCCUAGGACAUGAGUCUUGCCCAGGGUGUAAACCCAAACUUGUCUCUUUCCUGAAUGGUCUGUGAAGAUGCUCACGUGGGCGCUGUGUCCUGCUGCUGUCCCUCUCCUGGUCUCACACUACCGCUGCAUGGCCUCCUAUCACUGUGAACUGUGGCCUGGUUCCAGUUUGUAGUUUCAUUAAACUGGCCCUUUCCCUCUCCUG